AUGAACUUCUCGCAGUUUGCCAGCAACCUGCUCCAGUCGACGAGCGGGGCAGCGCAGCCCGCCCCCUUGUUCUACUCGACCCGCACCGACUGGGUCGCUCCUCCCCCGACCUCGUCCUCAUCAGCACCACCACGACGCGCCACCGCCGACUCGGACAUCCUCGGCGCCUCAGACGACUCGCUCGACCACCACCGCACCCGCACCCGCUCCGACCGCCGCUUCUCGCUCGCGAGCGACGACGCGAGCGACGAUGACGGCCCGCCGCCGCCGCCGACGACGACCCGCUCGUACGCGGCGCACGGCAUGGCGAGCCACCUCCAGGCCAUCCCGGCGUUCGUAUCGCGGCUCGGUGGACGCGCACCGGCACGGCCCGGGCGAGGUUGGCGCGCGUACGAGUCGGUCGCGCCGGGAGCGUCGGGCAGCGGCGGUGGGGCGGCGAGUCGCGGUGGGGGGCCAGGCGGGCGACCAGGGGCCGUCUACUCGGACGGCGAGGACGACGAGACGGACGACGGGGACGACGAUGAGCCGCUGCCCGGCGCGUUCGUGUCGCUGCCGCUCGGCGGUGGCGGAGGUGCCGCUCGCGAGCUGCCGCUGGCGCACGCGAUGGACGAGCCGCUCGUCGGGCGCCGCACCCUGUUUGUCUACCCUGUACCCGGCCCAGGCGGCGGCGGCGCCAACGCGCACGAGGCGUACCGCGACACGGGCUGGGUCGUCGCAUACGGCGUCUCGCUCCUCGCCGUCGCCGCGCUCGCGCUCCACGCGUGGUGGUCCGCCCCGCCGCUCCCUCCCGGCGCACCCUCGGCCUCGGUCCUCGUCACCCUCCCGACCCUGUCCCUCCUCGCCCUCGUGUCACUCGUCGCCGGCGUCGCCUCGCUCGCCUAUCUGCUGGCCAUGCGCCGCGCCCUCGCGACCCUCCUCACCCUCGCCGUCUUUGGCGGCCCGGUCCUGUUUGUCGCGACGGGCAUCGUCGCGUUUGCCGGGUCGUUCGCGACACGAGGCGUCGCGAGCGACGGCGGGUGGACGACGGGCGUCAGGUGGUUCGCCGUCGCGUGCUUCGUCCUCGCGUUCGUGCUCGGGCGCACGGCGCUCUCAAGGCGCAAGGAGCUCAAUCGGGCCAUCAGCGUCGGUGAGCUCGCGUGCGACACGGUCCUGAACCACCCACCCCUCAUCCUCCUCGCCCUCACCCUGUCGCUCCUGUCAGCCGUCAUCACCCUCCCUUUCGCGUCCCUCAUCGCGUCGCUCCUCGCGCACGCCCCGCAGUCGCCGCACCUCGCGAGCUGGGGCUCGGCCCUCACGCUCCUCGUCUUCUUCUGGACGCUCGCCAUUGGCCGGGGCGUGAGCCACGCCGUCGUCGGUGGGUGCAUCGGCACGUGGUACUUUGAGCGAGAGGGCGACGAGUACCAGGGCCCGCUCGAGGUGACGAGGGCUGCUAUCGUGCGCGCCACCGGGCCCUCGUUCGGCACCGUCAUCGCCGCGUCCUUCUUCCUCGCCAUCUUCGAGACGCUCGCCACCGUCUGCCGCACCCUGCACCGCGCCCUCUCGUCGUCGCGCCUCCCGACGCUCCUCCGCCCACUCGCCGUCCUCGCCCCGCUGUUCCGCACCGCGGCGGCCUACGCCGCCUUUUUCAACUCGUACUCGCUCAGCUACGCGGGCAUGACGGGCGAGCCGUUCCUGUCGGCGUCGAGGGAGACGGCGGCGCUCUUUCGGCUCAACCGGGCGCGCAACAUCCGCGACACCGCCCUCCUGCGCCUCACCCUCUUCAUCUCGUCGAGCGGCUUCGGCCUCCUGUUCGGCCUCGCCGCCUUCCUCUUCCUCUCGUCGUCGCAGCUCUCGCCCUCGUCCGGCCGCGCCGCACCGACGCUCGCCGUCCUGAGCUACGCCAUCCCGCUCUACACGACGCGCGUGUGCCACUCGGUCGUCGCCGACGCCGUCGACGCCCUGUACGUCGCGACCAACCUCGACGCCGAGAACCAGAUCUCGCACUGCCCCAAGGCGGUAGAGGCUUUCGGCACCCCAGAAGCGGACAGCUUUGGCAGCCUUGCCGUAUAGAUGCGCCCGCUCCUCCCUGUACCCCCGUAUACUUCGCGCCUCGUCGGUUCUCCUCCUCGUGUUGCCCUUCCUUUUACCCCCUCGCCUCUCUCUUACUCGCUGUCGUCGGACGUGUCUCUCUGUAACAGCAGCGGUCGUCUCUGUC